CGAUACUUUAGAGUUGGCAUUAUUUUCCCUCCAACUGUGCCUACUGGUCGAAAUGUGGAUCUAAGCUUAACCCCAAAUUCAAAAUGGAAAUACAAAAUACGACGUGUGAAAUAUUGGAAAAACCCUAUGCUUCUGUCAAUGGUGGCUCCCCGAAAUGCAACGGAACAACAAAUGGGAAUUCAAAAGUAGAACGUGAAAAUGCUUCUGUCAAUGGUGGCUCCCCGAAAUGCAACGGAACAACAAAUGGGAAUUCAAAAGUAGAACGCGAAAAUGCUUCUGUCAAUGGUGGCUCCCCGAAAUGCAACGGAACAACAAAUGGGAAUUCAAAAGUAGAACGUGAAAAUGCUUCUGUCAAUGGUGGCUCCCCGAAAUGCAACGGAACAACAAAUGGGAAUUCAAAAGUAGAACGCGAAAAUGCUUCUGUCAAUGGUGGCUCCCCGAAAUGCAACGGAACAACAAAUGGGAAUUCAAAAGUAGAACGCGAAAAUGCUUCUGUCAAUGGUGGCUCCCCGAAAUGCAACGGAACAACAAAUGGGAAUUCAAAAGUAGAACGCGAAAAUGCUUCUGUCAAUGGUGGCUCCCUGAAAUGCAACGGAACAACAAAUGGGAAUUCAAAAGUAGAACGUGAAAAUGCUUCUGUCAAUGGUGGCUCCCCGAAAUGCAACGGAACAACAAAUGGGAAUUCAAAAGUAGAACGCGAAAAUGCUUCUGUCAAUGGUGGCUCCCCGAAAUGCAACGGAACAACAAAUGGGAAUUCAAAAGUAGAACGCGAAAAUGCUUCUGUCAAUGGUGGCUCCCCGAAAUGCAACGGAACAACAAAUGGGAAUUCAAAAGUAGAACGCGAAAAUGAGGACGAAGGACAAUACUUAAAUCUGAUAGAAAGGGUAAUAAAAACAGGAGUCACAAAGGAUGAUCGCACUGGUGUAGGUACCUUAAGUAUUUUUGGUGCACAAAUGAGAUUCGAUAUGCGCAAGAGCUUUCCUUUAUUGACAACUAAACGGGUAUUUUGGAGAGCAGUUGUUGAGGAAUUGUUAUGGUUCACACGUGGCUGCACUAAUGCAAAGGAAUUACAGGACAAAAAUAUCCACAUCUGGGAUGGUAACAGUACUCGCGAAUUUUUAGAUAAGCUUGGCUUUACAGAUCGUAAAGAGGGCGAUCUGGGUCCGGUAUAUGGAUUCCAAUGGCGUCAUUUUGGUGCAAAAUAUCGCACUUGUGACGAUGAUUAUACCAAUGAGGGAAUAGACCAACUUGCAAAUGUAAUCCACACAAUACGCACAGAUCCCGAUAGCAGACGCAUUAUAAUGACCGCUUGGAACCCUAGCGAUAUACAUUUAAUGGCUCUACCACCAUGCCAUUGUAUGGCUCAAUUUUAUGUGGCAAAUGAUGAAUUGUCCUGUCAGCUGACCCAACGUAGUGCUGAUAUGGGACUGGGCGUUCCAUUCAAUAUCGCCUCUUACGCUUUGUUAACUUAUAUGAUUGCCCACAUAACAGGUCUUAAACCAGGCGAUUUUAUUCACUCAUUGGGUGAUACACAUGUCUAUUUAAAUCACGUUGAACCAUUAAAGGAGCAGUUGAAACGUGAACCACGUAAGUUUCCAAAAUUAAUAAUCAAGCGUAAAGUUACGGAUAUUGAGGACUUCAAAUUCGAAGAUUUUGAAAUUGUUGGCUAUAACCCGUAUCCGAAAAUUCAUAUGGAAAUGGCCGUUUGAAACAGCGUGAUUUUUAAAUUUCAAAAAUACAAAAAACGGCUGUGGGAUAAACGUUUUAAAUACAUAUGAGAAUGGCUGCAAAGACCUAAAAUGGUAAAGACUAGACAAAAUGCAUUCUGAGCAAAUGGUUUGUGGCUAUACUACCUUGAUUAACAGUUCAUGACAAAGGCAUGUUAAUAUAAAAAACACAAUUAUAUGAAAGAGUGACAAAUAAAAGUUUGGAUAAUCUAAAA